AUGUCUCGCGGCCGGCGAAUCACACGACAGGCCCGGGUUAUAGUGCUUCCGGCCCAGGGCGGUCAGCUCGGGCACAAGCAAACGGGCAGGUGGGCGGCGGGCUGUAACUGUAACUGGAAUGAAUUGAGGGCAGUUCGAAUCUCUGCAGCUCUCCAACAAGAUACAUCCAUUCAUACCCAAACACACACAGUCAUCAUGGAGGUUCUUCUGGGAAUCACGGGCAAGGACUUUACUCUCAUCGGCGCCUCCAAAGCUGCCAUGAGGGGAGCCACCAUCCUCAAGACAUCCGACGACAAGACAAGGGCGUUGAACAAGCACACCCUGCUGGCUUUCUCCGGAGAGGCUGGCGAUACAGUACAAUUCGCCGAAUACAUCCAGCGAAAUGCCCAACUCUACUCCAUGCGCAACGAGACCGAGCUGUCACCCUCUGGCCUCGCCCACUUCGUUCGAGGAGAACUCGCCACCAGCCUCCGAUCCCGAAACCCAUACAACGUAAAUCUCCUCAUGGGAGGAGUUGAUCCCAUUACCGGCAAGCCCUCUCUAUACUGGCUGGACUACCUAGCGGCGCUGGCGGAGGUACCGUACGCAGCACACGGCUAUGCGCAAUACUACUGCCUGUCUCUUCUUGACAAGCACCACCACCCAGACAUUACACUAGGACAGGGAAUCAAGCUCAUGACGAUGUGCAUAGAUGAGCUGAAGCGUCGACUACCGAUCGACUUCAAGGGAAUGGUGGUCAAGGCAAUCAAGGCAGACGGAAUUGUCGACAUAGAAUUCGACGACGACCGUAUUGUGAAAAGCGCAUAA